GCCGCCUGGGAAAUGAAGUCCACAGCCGUUGUGUCACCGGCUCCCCGUGCGCCAAGGUGCCGACCCCAACUCCAGUUCCUCCGCGGGCACUUCUUUCCCAAGCCUGAGGUUCCCGAGACAAGGAGCACCGUCACGGGUCUGCCCUGUCCCUCAUCCCCCAGCCCCUCGAUUCUAUGGAAGCGGAAAUAUUCGGGCUAACACGAAGCCUUUCGCCAGGGGCUGGCUUUCGGCAAGGCCGCGCGCGGGGUGAGCGGGAGGCCUUGGUCGGCAGCUGGAAGCUCUGGAGCAGGGCGCGGCGUCGUUGGAAAGGCAGGGAGAAGGGUGGGCCCAGGAAAGCGGUGGCCCAAACAUGGCGGCCUGGCCAGCCAUAGAGCGGGGAAAGAAAGCGGAGGACAAGCGGAUAGCGCGGCGCAGACUGAGCCCGCGUCCGCCAUCUACUUCCGGAAUUUAAAACCGGUUUCCGGAAGCUGGGAUGGUGUCCCCAUGACAACAGACGUUGGGCCUUUGAGGCCCUUGUCUUAAAGCAAGGGAGACAGCUCUGAGUCUCAGGAACUACAGCUUCUCCCUCAGUGCCUGGACGAGUACCAGGAGCUAUUUUCUGGGGACCUGUGGAAUGUUACCUUGGGGGCCCAAGAAAGCCGAAGGAAGAUGCUCCAGACCAGUAACUAUAGCUUGGUGCUCUCCCUGCAGUUCCUGCUGCUGUCAUAUGACCUCUUUGUCAAUUCCUUCUCGGAGCUGCUCCGCAUGGCUCCCGUCAUACAGCUGGUACUUUUCAUCAUCCAGGAUAUUGCAGUCCUCUUCAACAUCAUCAUCGUUUUCCUCAUGUUCUUCAACACCUUCGUCUUCCAGGCUGGCCUGGUCAACCUUCUCUUCCAUAAGUUCAAAGGGACCAUCACCCUGACAGCUGUGUACUUCGCACUCAGCAUCUCCCUUCAUGUCUGGGUCAUGAACUUACGCUGGAAAAACUCCAACCGCUUUGUCUGGACAGAUGGACUUCAAACGUUAUUUGUAUUCCAGAGACUAGUGGCGGUGUUAUACUGUUACUUCUACAAGCGGACAGCCGUGAGACUGGGCGAUCCUCGCUUCUACCAGGACUCCCUGUGGCUGCGCAAGGAGUUCAUGCAAGUCCGAAGACUCCCAUUGGCCAAAGUGCUCGCGUGACUGAGCCCAGUGUCAGAGCUGGAAAGCACCACCAAGUUUCCUGGUAAAAGACAUGGGCACAGGAGGGCCGCUAAUUCAGCCAGGCUAGCCCACCAGAAAGCUGCUCUGUGAAACUCAUUAUUCUGAGACACUUUAGCCCCCGGGGUUGGCAAACAUUUUCUGUGAAAGGCCAAAUAGUCAAUAUUUUAGAUUUUGAAGGUCAUGUGGUCUCUGUCGCAGUUGCUCAACCCCAGCAUUGUAGCAGGAGAGCAGCCAGAGAUAAUAGGUAAAUGGAUGAACUGUGUCACAGAUUAUUUUUUUCUUUUUUUCAACCAUGUAAAAAUGUAAAUCUAAUCUUAACUUGAGGGCAAUACAAAACAGGCUGGAUUUGCCCCCAGGCCGUGGUAUGCUGACCUCUGGUUUAGAAGCCUAGAAUGAAGUUCUGGGGAAAGAGAGACUGUAAUCAACUGUGCUGACAAUAUUUUAUCAGCUAUUUUAAAAGAAAAGGUAUAGUGUUCAAAGAAAAUACCUAAGAUCCCGUAUCCUAUAAUCAGAAGAAGUGAUCCAGAAAGUCUAACAAGCUACUGUCUAUACUUCCCAUACUUUCAUCUCUAAAAAGGAAAAUGACAACAGCCCAAUUUUGAAUCUUUUCAUAAAAGCUUUUAAAGAAAUAUUAUAGUCCCCUUUGCUCAUCACAAACCCUGAAAGAGGCAGUUUUCUAUGCCCCAAAGUGAAUCAAGGCCAGAUUGUUCUCUGUAGCCUUUGCAGCUAGUGAGUACAACCAAAUGCCUGUUUCCUCACUCUCAGUAUAAAUGGCACUUUGUGGCCCUAGGGGUCUCUGGGAGGGUCUGUGUGUGUGUGUGUGUGUGUGUUUCCCUUAGUAAUUAAUUCAUUCACAUGAUACAAAAUUCAAGUUAUGAAAAGGUUUAUGCAGUUAGUCUUCCCACUGCUACAUCUCAGCCACUGAGUUCCUUCCCCCUCCCCUCCUUGACAAUCUACAUGUACUUAAUAGACUUCUUAUGGAUGAUAGAACAUUUCAGGAACUUUUUUUUUUUAUCGCUGUUGCAGAAGCCACCCUGCCGGCUCCGCAGCCCCAGGGCUGGCAGCAUGCAGAGCACCAGGCCCACCCUGGCGCCAGCCCAGGAGGUGCCCCGGGAAAGGGGCACAGGCACCUGCAGGGCUCUACCUUAUGCCACGGUGGCCACCACUGCCGUCCCUGGGCGCGCAGCCAGUGCUGGCCCUCCUCUGGGCCCACCGGGGUCCUGAGUGUGGGGCAGGGGCUUGCCCACCAUCCAAGUCUCCAGAAAUAUUUUUACAAAAGAAGAAAUUGCCAUAUCCUACCCCAGUCAUUUAUUUCAAAUCUGUGACAGUAUGUAUUUAUAUUUUAUACACAGUUGUGAUUAUGAGGAAUAUGCCAUAAAAUAGUUUUCUUUUUUCUUUUUCAUUUAGCAAUUGGAAUAUGUUUUUAAGAUGUAAUGUAAAUUGACUCCUCGGGGACAGUUUUCAGAGACCAGUGGAAGAAAAUAAACACUUUAAAAGUGCUUAGAGACUUUUAGUAGGUUGGAAUUGCUUCUGGCUGACCAGUGCUUCAGUCAGGAACCAGAAAAACUAGAUAAAAUAUAAAAAUUGUCUUUUUAAAAGGCCUGAGGAAAUUGCUGAAGGAAAGAGGAUUGAAGGGCCCCAAAUUCUAAAGUAGAAUCAUAGAAAACAUGAGCUGACAAUUUGCAGAUUUUCCCCUGGGAACAUUUGUUGAUUCUGGGUUUGAGCAAGAGGCUAAGAAUCCAGGCAUUUAACCAGGAAGAGGGCUGUAGGCGGGGACCAGAGAAGCCAGGUGAGCUCAGUGGUCCACAACACUGAAGGACCAAGUUGGGGACUGGAGGAGUCUUAAAAACAUAAUACAUUUCUCCUCAAAAUAGCUACCAAAUUCAGAAGCUGUGUAGGGCAAGAGGCUAUAGAAAGCUAAACCUCAAACCUCCGACAAGGAGACUAGGUUUUGGGGCAGGCUUAUGGUGCUGAUGAUGAGAAUUCAGGACCCACCUGGGGAGGGGACUGGUGAACACACCAGGUUUUCAGUUGAAAGCUUGGGAGGACUCCUUACUAGGAACAAGAUGGAACAGGUAGACAGAGGCUUAUCAAAAUCACAGUGCAGCCUCAAACCAUAUAGUCCCUGAGUGGACUAGGGUGAUCGGCCCCCAUUCUGUUUAGCAGAGGAAAGAGUGGAAGAAAAAACAUCUAGAGACACUGUAAAUGUUUAUACACAAUUUCUGGAUCUAAAAAAUCACUAACAAGAGAGGACCACAUUACUUAAAAUCAGAGUAAAAGUAGAAAAUAGAAACAGGUGAGCCAAAUAUUGGAGAAAGUGGACAAGGAGUUUAAACUAUGAUUGAUGUACUCAAGAAAUAGAGGGAAAUAUGGAGGAAAUAGAGAAACCAUUUAAAUUACACCUAGGGACUUCUAAUAAUGGCUGAGUUAAGAUGCUGUGGGAAUGACCCCUCCACAAAUAAUGGCUGUAAAAUACGAACAUAAUAUGAAAAACAGCUACUUGAAGACACUGGAAAAUGGAGGGAAGCAGAAAGUUUGAUGGGUAGUUCACACUCAGAAGAGAAUCAUGCAGAGAAAGUUCCCUAUUUUUGCUGCUUGUAACUUGGCAGCUGACAAAGUGGUGUAUACAAUAUGCUGGUGGAAAAUCACAGUACCAGAGUACUGAGCCAGGGCAGCUGAAGCCACUGGAGAGAGAGAUGGGAGUCCAGAAAGGAAGAGCGAAAGAGGGGGGCACGCUCCAGUCCUGUCUGCCCACAUCUCCGCCCAAGCUCUGGACCACAAAUGUGCAAGUCAGACUCAGUGCAGCUCAGCUCAGCUAAGAUUGGAGCUGCCACUCAGUAAGUGUGACUUGCAGUCUGUAUCCACCCGAGCUAAUCGCCUGGUAAAGGAACCAUCACUCUCUGGAGACAAAAAGAUGCCAGAGCCUCCACAAUUUAACAUUCAAAACUGACACCAAUGCAGAGAUGAUCCAGUCUCACAGACUAGUCAGAUAAUCAAACAGUCAAACAUAUGUAAUUGGGGUCCUAGAAGGUAAACAGAAGGAAAAGAGCAGAAAAAAAAAUGUAAAGAGAUAGCCAAAAUUUCCCCAAAUUUGAUGAAAGAAAUGCACUGAUUUUAGAUACUCCACAACCCACCCUGAUAAACACAGAAAGGCCACACCCAGGAACAUCAUAGUCAAUUAUUGACAGCUAAAGCCGAAGAGCCAAUCUUGAAAGUAGCAAGAGAAAAACAACACAUAACACAGUUUUAUUUGGUUUUGGUGGCUUAAAGUGAUGAACACUUAUUAGCUCAUAUUUUCUGAGGGCCAGGAAUCCUGGAACAGCUUAGCUAGGUGGUUCAGGGUCUCCCAUGAAGCUUCAGUGGAGACGGGCUGAAGUCGUCAGAAGGCCUGGCUGAGCCUUGUAGGACCCGCUUCCCUGAUGGUUCACUCACACGGGUGGUGGCAAGAGGCCUCAUCUCCUCGGUUCCUCACAUACACAAGAACAACAAUUAACAGC